UCAUUUUGUUAAAGUUACUAAGUACAUGAUUUUGUCGUUUAUUGUCCAAAAAGCUGUUCUUUAAUAUCUCCAAAGUACAAAUAGCAGCGGCAGCUGGAGAUUUCUAUAAAUCAGAUAACAUUCUUAGUUUCAACAUACAAAUUCUUGAAAUUGCUUACGCUGAAUCUUCGUGUCACUGUCUUUUUCUGUGAGUCAAGACGAAUUUCUUAUAUUUUUGUUAAUAUCUGGUGUGUCUACAACCUGUUUGAUUAUAUGCUCCAAUGAUAAUUACAUUAGCAAAUUUAUAGAAAAAGAAGCUCAGUAACUAAACUUGCGCUAUGCACGAGGUUCGGGAAGGGACAACCACAAAGGUCUAUUGUACGUAGCCUUUAUUUCUCGAACCUGUGACCUCCUUGUCACAUUGCAUUAGCAAAUUUGUAAAAAAAGAGCAGCCCAAGGUGCUCUGGGUUCUAGGAAGGGCUGGCCCACAAGGGUCUAUUGUACGCAACCUUAACCUGCAUUUCUUCAAAGGGUUGUUUCCUCUGGUCACAUUACAUUAGAAAAUUUGUAAAAAAAGAGCAUCCCGGUGCACUAAACUCUUGCUAUGCGUAGGUUCUAGGAAGGACUGGACCACAAGGGUCUAUUGUAGGCAGUCUUACCUGUAUUUCUGCAAUAGUCUAUUUCCACAGCUCAACCCCGUGAUCUCCUGGUGACAUUACAUUAGCAAAUUUUGUAUCCUCUCCUUAUUGACUAAGAUUAAACAUAAAUCGAUUCCCAUACGGGAAAAGGGGAAAAAAAAUCUAAACUUGGUGAAUUUAUUGCUCUUAUAUGAAUUGCUGAAACAGGGAUAUGGUUCCUCUCAAUAUAGAAUCUUGUUCAAGUUCUGUUCUUUAUCCAUUUGGAAUGUAUGAAGAGAAUGAGGAGCUGUUAAUUGCUAUUAUUUUACAUUUCCAUUAUUGCAAUUACUAUUGUUAGACAAGACAUGAUGCAGCUCCAGCUUACCAAGGACAUUAACUUAGAAGGUUUUUGGAAUAUACGGAUUAGGGUAGAGGGUUAGUUAGGUAGUUAAGGGUUGUCUCGCUUAAUCUUUCAUGCUAGUAAUCGUAGUAUUACUCUGGAAGUUUCUUGUCAUUCCUUUUCUGUUACUAUUUACUGGUUCUAGUACUUCGAUUAUCGUACUAUUUUUUGUUAGUGACUGUCCGUUUUUUAGUAUGUCUUUGUCAUGCUUUCUUUAACAUAUCGUCUUGGUUUCUUAUUUCAAAAUGCUUUUACUUGAGUAGAAGGUCUAUUGGAAACAACCUCUCUAUCUUGUAGGGGAUAAGGUCUGCGUACACACUACCCUCCCCAGAUCUCACUUCUGGGAUUACAUUGGCUAUGUUGUUGUUCUUGUUAAUUACUAUUUUCGCUCAUGUUGUAUUGCCUUUACUGAAAAGAUUUAGUUUUUAUUCAAUCUUCACUGUCCUACAGCACAAAAUGAGAUGAGAUCCGUGUUGAGAUUCAAAGAGAACCUCAUACCAGUACGCGGACUGUUUUUUUCUGGUCCACUGUCUCCACUUCUUCUUCAACAUCUGUGCUGUUACUCUGUUGCAGCAACCCAGUGGCAGAAUGAGACAGUACCAAUCAAAUGUAGUAAUCUGCUUUAUGAGUUCACUACUUAUUGCUAUAGCAGGGAUCUUCCCAGGGCCAUGCAAGCAUUGAAUUCCUUGCAAAAACACAAAAUAUGGGCUGAUGCUGUCACCUACUCUGAACUCAUUAAAUGUUGCUUGGCUCGUGGGGCGGUGGAACAAGGUAAACGGGUCCAUCAACAUGUGUUCUCCAAUGGUUAUGAACCCAAAACAUUCCUUUUUAACACAAUUAUGAACAUGUACGUGAAAUUUAAAAUGUUGGAUGAAGCACAAGAUUUAUUUGAUCAAAUGUCUGAUAGAAAUGUUGUCUCCUGGACUACCAUGAUAGCAGCCUACUCUAGCGCUAAGAUCAAUAACAAGGCCUUGGAGUUUUUGAUCCUCAUGCGGAGAGAUGGCGUGAGACCUAAUAUGUUUACGUAUUCCUCUGUUCUGAGAGCUUGUGAUGACCUUUCCAAUCUUAGGCAGCUCCACUGCAGUAUACUUAAAGUUGGUCUGGAAUCGGAUGUAUUUGUCCGAAGUGCUCUUAUUGAUGUUUACUCCAAAAUGGGUCAACUCGAGUGUGCAAUGUGCACAUUUAAUGAGAUGGUGACUGGGGAUCUUGUCGUAUGGAAUUCCAUUAUUGGUGGUUUUGCUCAAAACAGUGAUGGGGAUGAAGCUUUGAUGCUUUUUAAAAGAAUGAAGAGAGCUGGAUUCUCAGCUGAUCAGUCGACCUUGACAAGUGUUCUGAGAGCUUGUACUAGUUUGGCACUUUUAGAACUGGGAAGGCAAGUCCAUGUUCAUGUAGUCAAGUUCCAGCGGGACCUAAUCCUUGACAAUGCACUUUUGGACAUGUAUUGCAAAUGUGGCAAUUUGGAAGACGCACACCAAAUAUUUACUCAGAUGAUAGAGAAGGACGUGAUCUCCUGGAGCACCAUGAUCAUAGGCUAUGCCCAGAAUGGUUUCAGUAGAAAAGCACUGGAAUUGUUCAAUGAGAUGAAAGUCUCAGGGAUCAAACCAAACUACAUCACGGUUCUUGGAGUUUUAUUUGCUUGCAGCCAUGCAGGACUGGUAGAAGAUGGACAAUAUUACUUCCACUCAAUGAAGAAGCUCUUUGGUAUUGAUCCAGGAAGAGAACACUAUGGUUGCAUGGUUGAUCUUCUUGGAAGAUCUGGGAAGCUAGAUGAAGCGGUGAAGCUAAUCCGUGAAAUGGAAUGUGAACCAGAUGCAGUGACAUGGAGAACAUUGCUUGGUGCCUGCAGAGUACAUCGUAACAUGGAUUUAGCUGAGUAUGCUGCCAAACAAAUCAUAAAGUUGGAUCCAAGUGAUGCGGGAACUUACAUAUUACUAUCUAACAUAUAUGCGCGCACUCAAAAAUGGGAAGACGUUGAGGACUUGAGAAGGUCCAUGAAGGAAAGAGGAGUGAAGAAGGAACCGGGAUGCAGCUGGGUUGAAGUAAACAAACAAAUCCAUGCUUUUAUAAUGGGAGACAACUCCCAUCCACAGAUAAAGGAAAUUAACAAAGAGCUAAAUCAGAUUAUUUGGAAAUUAAAGGAGGCGGGAUACGUUCCAGACACAAACUUUGUGUUGCAAGACCUUGAAGAUGAACAGAUGGAAGACUCACUUCUGUACCACAGUGAGAAAAUAGCUGUUGCCUUUGGUGUAAUGAGCCUCUCUAGAGAAAAGACCAUUCGAAUCAGGAAAAAUCUCAGGAUAUGCGGAGAUUGUCAUUUAUUUGCGAAACUUUUGGCACAGAUAUUGCGUCGAAGCAUUGUCAUAAGAGACCCAAUCCGGUACCAUCAUUUUCAGGAUGGCGUUUGUUCUUGCGGAGAUUAUUGGUAGUAGGGAAUGGAUUUCAGUUGAAUUAGUAACAUUUGUGGAAAUAGUGGCAAUGAUGAAGGCCUUAUGUUACUCGGACUCUCCAAAAUUGUUACUGCACCUGUGUCGGAUUCUCCAGAAGGCACUACUUUUGGAGAAUCUGAUGCGCACCCAUCGAUAUUUUGAAGAGUCUGAGCAACAUAGGAUGAAGCACAAUGUACUGGUUCAUGAAGCAGCCGUUGGGUUCAUAAGAGUUCACUCUCUGCUCAACUUGCAUUUGCAUUGGCAGCUACGAGUUUCGAGAUUGGCAAUUAGAAUUACUGCAAGAUUUACGGAGAUCUUGAAAAUAGCAAACGUUGAAGCUGAACUAACUAGUCAUAUCUAUCAAAGAAAAGAUCGAUUAGAGCACAUCCUCUACGUAACUGGCAUUUGCACUGACAGCUGAGGUUUUCCAUUUCGGUCUCCUUAAUAUGAUUGUUUGUGGCCCGAGAGUAAUUCACUUGGUCUAGAAGUGCAGGAGAUUUACCAGUGUGAUCCGGUUUGUUCCUGCACAAGGGAACUGAUGGUACAGUUGUAUACCCCUGGAGUAUGUGUUUCUUACAGAUGUGAUGAUAUAGUUUCCGCGAGAAAUUUGGCCUGAAGGUUCUUGAUGCGGUCUAGAAGUAAUUCAAGUAACAUAUGAGCUUAACGCGUAAAAGGUCCUAUUAUUGUUGCUCCGAGAACUUUGUUUCAGCGGUUAGAAUACAGUUCAUGAUGUGUGGAUUUGGCGCAUGUCAGUAGCUUCAGUUCUGCACGAGGCUGAAACACAGAAGCAGCGUGGAGGGGCGGACUCAUUAUCUACCAAGUACGAAUCGGGAGAUUUUAGGCUCUGAAAAAACUAAAUCUUGUUAAUUGUUAUUGCUGCUGUACAAGGCCAUUAUUGGUAUUUGGUAACCUAUUAUUGAUUGGAGAAUCUGCAAUUAUUACUUGAAAUGUGGUUUGCCAGAUUA